AUGUUUAGUGAAGGACUGGUGAAAACUAUGGAGGCGUGGCAGCCGUUGCUACGCAUUGAUUCAUUAUCAUGUGCGAUCGCUUUAUUCAACAUCGUUGCAACUACUCUUGAAUUCAGUUCCGUAUCGCGUUCUUCAGAUGGACGACAUCACAUUCCAUUAAAUAUUUACAACAUGGUGAUUGCACGAAGCUCUUUCCGUAAAAGUGAUAUAACAAAUCUCAUCCGUAAUGUGCUGCAUUCGAUAUGUGUGGCUAAUGAUCAAAAUAUUAACGUAUGUUUGGAUGAAUUUGCCAGAGCCGGACUGAUGAAUUGUUUGGAUAAGAGUACGAAGAUAUUUAUGACAGGUGAAGCUGAUAUGGCGUUUGUGGAUGCUGGUUUAUUUAGUAGUUUUCCUAAACCUUCAGCCGAAAAUAAUUGUAGAUCUUUAGUAAUGAUACUGUAUGAUCGUAUUUUUUGUCCUUACGUGCGUCGAUUAGCAAAUAAGACAGUGGUUGUUGAAAAAAGCAAAUUAAAUCUUUUAGGUUUAUCUACAGGCGAAUUAAUGGGAACAGUUGUUUCGCGUUUGAAGUCAGGUGGAUCAUGGGAUCCUAUAAUUGGAAGGUUUUGUUGGUGGGUAUUGGAUGGUCCACCGACUAUGGAAGAAUUGAUAGAGCCAGUUUUGGAUUGCUCAAUGGCAUCGGUUGAGCAACUUGCUUUUGCUUGUAGUUUGAUUAAUAAUUGUACGUUCAAAUAUGAUGUUGAUGCAUUAUCACGCGUAGUCGCCUGGGGAAACUCUAUGAAACAAAAAAGCUAUGACUAUCGUCAAGAUGUAUUAUUAUCAUCUUUAUUAGGAAAGUCAGUACAGCAUGUCCAUCGAUUUGCUGCAUUCAUACAAACAAUAGAAUAUGGAUUUGAUUUGUGUGUGGAAUAUGCUGAUCGUUUUGAACGAUUUCCCUCAUCAGGGAAAAUUGAUCAUGAUUUUGCUGAACGUAUUGAAGAAAUAUUUCAAGAAUCCUUUCAUGAACAAACUAGAGUUGAUAAACAGCUUCGUCAAUUUUUUAUCAGUGAUCAAGUUGUUGUUCGAGCAAUUGAUCUAGUAUCUGGCUUACUGCAGCAAAUGAAAAUAUUGUUGGACGACACAAAUGCGCCAAUAUGGGCAGCUAGUCAAGGAAGACCGUUAAUUGUAUUACCGAUCAAUGACGACCGAACUUUCGAUACUGAAAAACAUGAAAAAAAGAAAAAGAAAGAUCUUACCCAUUAUGUAUCUACUGAAAAGCUUCAGCGUAUUGCUAUGGAAAUUCUAUUAUUUCCAUCUUUAUGUUUUACAGUAACUCAGUUACACAUGAAUUCAUUAUUGCACAAUGCAGCUUUAUCAGAGAUUCGUUGUGUCUUGGAGCAUCUCAUGAAAUGUGACUUACUUGAAUGUUUACAUAAAGGCGUUAAAACUAGCCGACGGUUUACAAGUGUAUAUAUAAAACGACUACCAAGUUGUGAUCACGAUGGGCAAGUGAAUGCUGAUUAUAGAUCAAUAUUCGAUGAAAAAUUAAAAGAGUUUAAAUAUUCUCAUUCGACAUUUACACUUGACGAGUAUUUAAAAAAAAAUAGCAUUAUUAAUGUUCAUGCAACUGGCACUGUUACGGAUGAAUUGAUCAAAUUCUUUUCUUUAUCGGAAUAUAUGAUGGUUGAAUUGAGCCCGUUAUAUAACUUAAAAGAAACAAAAAACCUAAAAUCAACUAGUGCAAUCCAAUCUCAUGUGAACAUUCAAAGUAAUCUAGUAGAUAAUGAUGUAGUAUUAUAUAAUGACAAUUAUCAACGUAACCAUCAUACUACAACUGAUUGUUCUACUCUAAUGACGCUUCAUGAUGACAAUGAUGUCUCAUGUAUUUUCGACGAAGAUAUCGAACAACUUGAAAUGAAUGUGAAAGAAAACUGUUCUCUUCUUGUAUCUCAUGCAGAAAAUGAUAUUGUUACUUUCGAUGUUGUCCAAAAUGUUGAUAUAAUUGAAGAUACUGCUAUAAAUCAAAAUAUCUAUGUGAAUAUAAUGCAUAACGAUCAUAACGAUAAUUUAGAAAACAGUACAGUAGUUGAUAAUACUAUAUGUGUAGAUAACACUAGUGUUAUUUACCCACAAGUGAUCGAUGAUCUUAUGGACAAUGAAUCUAAUAUUAAAAAAAAGAAAAGAAAACAUAUCGGUCAACAAGAUCCAACAAAAAAGUUAAAUAUUGAUACUGAUAUGACAUUCUCAUUCCCACCAGCAUGGCGUUUACGGUCAAAAACGCGUUCGAACCAUCAUGAUGAACAUAGUAUUACGUCUAUUAAGAACACAAUUAAUCGUGAGAAGAAAAAGAACUGA